UAUAAUAUAAUUAAUACAUGUAAAUAAUCAUAAAUACUGAAAUCAUAUCCUAUUGCAAAUUUACGGGGGAAAAAACAAAAUGUAUAAUAAUUAUUUUAAACGUUUAAAUCAGUGGUUGUACAUAACAAAUAAACAAGGAGAAGGAAAAACGACAUAUUUGAGAUAUUGUAUAGAUGACAGAGGACAUACUUAUUAACCCUCUUAAAUAUAAGGGUUAGAAAAUGGACAACAGUGGGUCUGGAGUAGUGCAAGUGUUUGUGGGUGAAUGGAGCCCUGAAUACGAGGCGUUAUCCAUUAAAGCUACGAAACAGACUUCAUCAGCUGAGAUAGUGGAAUGUAUUAUUGAAAGGCUUGGACUAGUUGUCGAUACUUCUGUUUCAAAUAGCUAUGAAUUAGCAGAAGUAGUAGGAAAUUCUGUUGGACAGGAAUGUAAAGAAAGAAGACUCGGUCCCACCGAGUGCCCUGUGGCACUUAUGUUACUGUGGCCGAAAAAUGAUGCCCAGCAAGAAUAUUAUAGAUUUUACUUACGAAAAAAGCAACCAGACUACUUAUGGUCUGAUAGUAGAUUUCCUAUGGAUCCUCAACUUUUAAAGGACUAUUUCAAUAGAUUCCUCUAUCAACCACGUGACAAGGAAUAUCCAGAUCUGUGUCAGCUGCCAGAUCUGAAUGAACAAACGUUGUUGGAUAAUCUGAGGGCUAGGUUUUUGGCUGGCAACAUAUAUACCUACGUCGGCAGCAUAUUAAUUGCCUUGAAUCCAUUCAAAUUUUAUCCUAUCUACAAUCCGAAAUAUGUAAAAUUGUAUCAAAACAGAAGAUUGGGCCCAGACAUACCUCCGCAUAUAUUUGCCAUAGCUGAUGCAGCUUAUCAUUGUAUGCUUAAGGAAAAGAAGAAUCAAUGUAUUGUUAUUAGUGGUGAAAGCGGUUCUGGUAAAACAGAAUCAACGAAUUUCCUCUUGCAUCAUUUGACAGCACUUAGUCAAAAGGGUUCGCAUGGCAGUGGAGUGGAACAAACAAUACUGAGCGCUGGACCUGUCUUGGAAGCAUUUGGUAAUGCAAAAACAGCACAUAAUAAUAAUAGCAGUCGCUUUGGCAAGUUUAUUCAAGUAAAUUACAAGGAAAAUGGAAUGGUCCAUGGUGCUGUGGUUCAGAAAUACCUCCUGGAAAAAUCCAGGAUUGUCUCUCAAGGACGAAACGAAAGGAAUUAUCAUGUAUUUUAUUAUCUGUUGGCUGGCGCAAGCGAUCAAGAGAAACAAUUGCUACAUUUGGAGAGCUGUGAUCGGUAUAAUUACUUAAAUAAAAGCGGUUGCUAUGGAUUGGAGAAUAUCGACGAACGGCACGAGUUCUCGAGAUUAAAACAAUCUAUGGAAAUGGUAGGCUUUACAGCAGAGAAGCAAAGGCGGCUCUUCGCAGUUCUGUCGGCGGUCCUUUUAUUAGGUAAUGUUGAGUUUCAACCACGAAAGUCGUACCAUCAUCAUGAUGAGGCCGUAGGUGUCAAAAAUCCGGAAGUGGUUGCACUGAUAUCGGAACUUCUUAGAGUAAAACAAGAAACUCUUUUGGCUGCACUUACUGCCAAACGCGCAAGAGCUUCCGGCGAGACUUUAGUUAUUAACUACAGACUUCCCGAAGCGAUUGCGGCACGUGAUGCCAUGGCAAAGUGCUUAUACGGAGCUUUAUUUGAUUGGAUUGUGCUACAGGUGAAUCAUGCACUGCUUUCUAAAAAGGACACUCUUAGAGACCAUCAAGGCAAUAGUAUAGGUGUAUUAGAUAUAUUUGGCUUUGAAGAUUUCAAAACAUGCAACAGUUUUGAACAACUAUGUAUCAAUUAUGCGAAUGAACAAUUACAACAUUACUUUAAUCAACAUGUUUUUCAAUACGAGCAACGAGAAUACAGAAAGCAAGGGAUUAGAUGGACAGAUAUCGGAUAUAGCGACAACUCUGGAUGUCUCAAUCUAAUUGAAGGAAAGCCGAACGGCCUGUUGUGUCUUCUUGAUGAUCAAUGCAACUUUCCUGGUGCAACAAACGAGACGUUGCUACAGAAAUUCAACACUGUGCAUAAAGAAAAUCAGUUUUACGAGGCGCCGCAGCGACGAGAAGCCGCAUUCGUUGUACGCCAUUAUGCUGGCGCAGUCAAAUACCAAGCUGCUAACAUGAGAGAGAAGAAUUUAGAUCUAAUGCGACCCGAUGGUGUAGUCGGAGUAUUGAAAAACUCUUCCCUUGCCUUCGUGCGGGAAUUGGUCGGCGCUGAUCCAGUUGCCGUAUUCAGAUGGGCCAUACUGCGGGCUUUCUUUCGUGCUCACUUUGCAUUUCAAGAAGCCGGCCGAGCGCACAGGCAUGGUAGAGUUGAUGGAAAUAAGACGUCUGUACAAAACAGAUACAGGACACCUAAUGAGAAUUUGAUAAGCCAUCUUGUGACGUUGUCGGCCGUCAAUCUAACUAUUAACCGAAUUGCUUCACAUAAACAUACUCGCCCAUCGAGUUAUCAGAAGCAACGCAGUGUAUGUUUACCGCCGGCCACUACUCCUUCUGCUACAUUAUCUUCUAUACAAAUCGAAAACAACGACAAUAUAAACAACAAUCGCCUAUCGUGGCCGCAAUUUAGAAACAUUAAUCAGACGCAAUACCCAUCAAACGUUACAUCGGCCAAAGGUUACAUAAUACGGGGCAGGGAAGACCAGCCUCUUAGUAUUAAUAAAUUCAGACGAGAUACUCACACACCACUAGAGAGGGUGCUUCCAAAAGACGAAGCAAAUGUCAUGGAACGCGCUAAUCAGAUCGUCAUGAAAAAUAAAUCAUUUCGACCGAGGGAACGUGGUAAAAAAGGCCUGAAAAAUCUACAAACUGUGAAGACACUUGCUGGAAGAACUCAAAGUUAUGGCACUGGACCGGGAAAAGCUAGAAAGCAGCCCAUGACAGUUUCCGCACAAUUUCAGCAAAGUUUGCACAGUUUAAUGGAUACUCUGAAUCAAGCUAAUCCUUUCUUUAUCAGAUGUAUUAAAAGCAACGCUAAUAAAGUACCGAAUGAAUUCGAUGAGGAAACAGUGCAACGACAAUUGCGAUAUACAGGAAUGUUGGAAACUGUCAGAAUAAGGCAGGCUGGUUUCAAUGUGCGAUUAACGUACGAGGAAUUUAUACAACUUUAUCGGAUGCUGCUUCCUAAGGGUCUUUUGAGCUCGCAAUCAGACGUGAGGGAUUUUCUAUUGACUCUUAAUCUCAACAGAGACAAUUAUCAGCUGGGUACUACCAAAGUUUUUCUCAGAGAGUCCGAAAAGAUCAAACUAGACAUCGAAUUACAUCAACAGAUCAUAACGAGCAUUACUACUAUACAAAAGUGGUUCCGUGCUUGUCUGGAAAGGAGAAAAUUCCUCAGAUUGAAAAAUGCCAUUGUACAAAUACAGUCUUUUUGGAGAAUGGUUACUGCACAACGACUAGCUCAAGUCCUUCGUGCAAGAACUGAAGCUGCAUUGCACAUACAAACUGCCUGGAGGGUAUACAAACAACGUAGCUGGUUUAAAAAGCUGAAAUCGUGUGUAAUUACCUUUCAGGCAUAUAUUAGGGGCAAUAACGCCAGAAAGAAAUUUAAUGAAUUGAAGAAACGAAAAAGACCACUACUGGAUAAAGUUCAAGAAGUCAGGGAAAUUCAAGAGUACAAGGAGUUUCUAUACGAUAAAAUAUGCGCCAAAGAUCGAGAUAGCGAAGAAUUAUUCACGGAAGAUCGGAGUCUCACGGAAUAUGGCGAAUCGCCUCGAAAAAUAGAAUCUCAAAAUCGGCUCACGCUAGCAAGAUGCGAUAACACAAAUAGAGAGAGCGCCAUAGAUACAGGUAUUUCAUAUUCUAAACGCAAACUCACACCGAACAAACGGAUUCUGCAUGACACAACGUUGAAGAAUACAGAAACGUAUCAUUUCGACGAGAUUGCGGAACGCAAGAGUAGUCUCGAAAGCUUGACAAGUCUGAGGAGUUACGAAUCUCAAGCUAGUGUCAAUAGUACCGAAUCGCAAGACAAUUCCGGUUCGAAACCCGUGCCGAGCACGAGGACGAAACGCGGUGAUCAUUCGCCAAUAGUCACAUCAAAUGUCAACCUAACGAAUGCGUCCAGUCGGUUAUCCUCGGUGAGCAGAAGGACUGAUAGUUCCUCGACGGGAUACAGUGACGGUGAGACCGAGAGCGAGACACCGAGCGCUGUGCAAAGUGCCCCACCUGUUUUCAAUACGAGUCCACCGUUUACCAGUUCGCGCGAUACAAAAUAUCACACCGUUAAUGUAAAUCUGACGCAUAAUCCGAAUCCGGACAUUUGGCACCGUAGAGCGGAUUUCUCACCUGCAUAUAACGAUUACUUCAUGUCGGUACCGCAAAAAGCGACUGUUACACGUUCUCCGAAUGUUUCUCGUUACAAGAAUAUGACUGACAGCGUUUUCGAACAGAUCCGACAAGAUAAACCUAACGAAGCGGCGAACUAUAAUGUCAAAGUCGACACGAGUGAUCGCUUUGUUCAGAUGGAAAGUUUGACGAGCGGCAAACAGCAGCGUAGACUCAGCGAUAACAGCGUACCUGAUGAACGAAUAGAGAAUAUUCCGAUAUCUCCGGUGAAACGAGAUCAAACGCAUGGAUCUGCUAAAAGUAUUAAAGAUCUCGCCUACUUGCGACGACAAAACUCGGAGGGAGAUACUACGACAAAACUCGUAGGUGUUAACGAUGACAACACUUUAAAGAGCGGUUUGGGACUGAGAAGAUCGCCCCCGAAGGAAAAGAACUCGCGAUCGGAGAAAUACGAACCAGAUGUGCCGGUAAGAAGCGCGAGACGAAACAGACCCUCGAGAGAAGUUCAGUGUCGAUCUAUGGGCGAGAGCGCAGUUGAAACAAAUGCGGAGACGCGAAAUCUGCUCCUCGGGACGAUCAAGGAGAGCGAUUUGACUAAAACGACGAAAAUAUGGUCUCGAAAAGAUUAUCCGCACGAAACUACUUCCCGAUCUGUGACAGAUUGGCCUGUAAACAAGAACGAAACCACAUACAAGGGACAACAACCCGGUAAACGCAUGAGAUCCAACGCGAUUACGACUUUUGAACUACGAAGAAGAAACUCGGAUCCAGCUACGAAGAUCUCGGGUCUAAGCGAAGAUAAAAUGGGAACGGAUACUAGUCCGAACGAUUUGAAACUCGCUCCCGGUAUGGACCUCCUCGAGUGGAAAGGUCAUAAUCUAUUUACCUUGGCCGGUCAUCGUUUCCGAAAAGUGGCGAGGUUCGCCAAGGACGACGUUUGCGUAUGUUGUCACGAAAAGAUGGACGCGUUCGUGACACAAGGUUACAAAUGUGUCGACUGCAAACAGCUCUAUCACGUCAAGUGUAUUCAAAACGGCGGAGUGCUGAGAAUGCCGUGCAUAUUGGCCAACACGCCGAGUAGACGGAAAAACAGGAAACCACCACGCACACCGUACGAUACCACGAAACAGACAGUCGCGUCCAAGUUUAGUUUAACCGGCACUUCGGCUUUCUCGGAUAGCACGGAUAAAAUCAUUUCCGAUGCCAAGGAGUUAGCGCUGAUGCAAGAUUUCAUUACCAAGAAAAUUUAUAUAAUGGAGGGUCAAGGGGAGGGACGAAAACCGAGCGAAGUAGACCGCGUUUUCAAACAAGCUCUCAGAAAGUUUAAAGACGACUUGGUGAUAACGUACAGCGUUGCCAUACAACAAGGCGUAGAAGGCAACAUCAAGUACACCGAUUUGAUUGCCAACUUUCUUCACGUUAUGGAGACUGUUUGCAAGCAGGAGAACACAAGGGAAGAUUUCCCUGUAACAAUGGGCGUGAACGCCUUCAGAGGCUUUAUGAAUGAAUUCAUGACAAUCGUUAAAACUGAAGCUCUCGAAAAACAGAGUAAGAGCAAACGAAAAAAAGAGAAAAAACGAAAGCAGGAAGAGCCUAUCCGGCACGGUAAUCACAUGUUCCAAUUGACUAUCAUCAAUAUACCCACCGCUUGCGAAGUUUGCACGUCUUUCUUCAUGUGGCCCAUUGAGCGAGGACUUGUUUGUCAAAAUUGCAAAUUAACAUGUCACAAAAAAUGCUAUACGAAGGCGUCUUCGGAAUGCGGUAAGGACGGUUCGUUGCUCGAAACAAACUCCCGCAAGGUAUUCGGUGUACCGCUUUACAAAUUAGAUUGCGGCGAUGGCAAGGUACCGCUUGUAGUAGACAGACUGAUCACAACUAUCGAGAUGCAUGGUCUGUAUACCGAGGGCAUAUAUAGAAAGAGCGGCGUCAGUUCCAAGGUGAGAGAGCUCAAGAUGAAAAUGGACGAAGGUGAUUUGGAGAAGGUAGACUUCGAGAACUAUCAAGUGCAUGUCUUAGCGGCGGUACUAAAGAGCUUCUUUAGAGACAUGCCAGAACCGCUAUUGACCUACGAAUAUUACGAUGACUUUUUACACGCGGCGAGCUUGACGGAUCCACACGAUCGAAUCAGCACGCUUUUCGCCAUAUUGAAAAAAUUGCCGAAACCCAAUUACGAUCUGAUGGAACGCUUGAUCGUCCAUUUGGCGCGAGUGGCGCGACAUGAGGUGGACAAUAGAAUGUCACCGUCGGCUCUAGCUAUCGUUUUUGCGCCGUGCAUUCUCAGAACGAACAGAACGUUACCCGCGCAAGACUCUCUUCAAGAUGUAGGCAGGCAGACGCGUUGCGUCGAGACGAUAGUACAUGAAAAGUUGAGAGUCGUUAGAGCGACAUUAGCGGACAUAAAUACCCUCGAAUCCGCCUGUCACACGGCGACUCAUCGACUCUCCAGUCUACGAUCGUCUAAAAUCUUCAGUCCGGAGGAAUUGAACGCGGUCGCUCCGAUUGUUGCGGGACGAGCAGGUGCGAUGGAUCGCGAGAGAGAUCGAGGAGACGAAGAAGAAGCAUUACUCGUCGAUCAUAUACAGGAAAUUCAGAAGGAGAAGGCUCUCUUGACAUCUACUCUACCCAGUCUAACGAGAGCCUCUUCGGACGAUGAUCUCCUCUUAUCGGCAACGGAUCUGGACGAUGGAUCUCUCGACGAUCUUCUCCCACCUUCUGCUGACGGACUCGUAAGGAAGAAGCCCGUUCAAAGGCAAAGUUCGGCAGACAAUUCGUUUCCGACGAUUAUCAAUAUGGACGACGAUAUGGUAAUGGUAUGAAUAGCGAAUAACAUCCGCAAAUAAUGUUAACGUGCAUUUUAAACGGCUGUAGUAAUUCGACAGAUGAUGCGAGAUGUUGUUUUAGGAUGGGGAAUCAACGACUUUAAAUAAUUGCUGGUCCUACUAGCGAAUCAUUAAUGUUUCGAGACUUAUUAGUAAAUGCAAUUAUAGAUAGCUCUCGUAAUUUGUUGAUUCCGUAAAAAAAAAAGUUUAACUGUACGACUGAAAUAACUCCAUUUUCUCAUCGAAAUGUCAAUAGAAAUGUCUAAAACUUUCAUACAAUAUGUGAUAGGAGCACUGCACAAAUUUUAAUUUCGCCACAUAAUUUUAUUCGCAAUGCAUUCCUGUCUUCGAAGACUGUCAAAGUAUUUAAGCGCAACGUUUCGUUCGUCUAUAGAUUCUAAAAGAAAUGUUAUUCAAUUUAUCGCUUUACACAUUUUAAAUAUAAGAAAUGAAAAACACAAAACUUAGAAAGUAUUAAGAGGAAAUCGCUCUUAUAUAUAUUUUAAGAAAUUUCCGCUUGUCAAAAUGAUGAGGGGGGUCGUAUUGAAUUACUCGUUUUACAAAUUUACGUUCAUAAAAAAAUGUAAUUUAUUGUUGCACCAUGUUGCAAAUUCUCAGUAAGAAAUCUGUUUACGGAGAAUUUUUCUAACAUAUUGUACGUAGAUGCGCAUUUCCUUUAAAACUAUAUUCGUUUAGCAUUAGUAGAUCUGCAACUCGAAAACUAUCUCUUCCCAAAGGAUCUACUUGUCACGUUCGAGUAGAAUCGAUAAUCGACUGCCUUAAAUUCCUGCGAGAUGUUUUUAUUGUAUGUAUUUCGUUAUAUGAUGUUUUCCGAUGACGAUAAUCGACUUAAAGUGUUAGGUUUAGACGCAGGAAUUUGAGGGACGACCAAGAGAGAGAGAAAGAGGAAACCAAAACAUAGUUUGUACAUAUAUUAUGCAAUAUAACAAUUUCGUAAUAAUCUGUUAUUAUUGUUAAAUUUACGAGAGACGUUUAAAACGCAAGAUUAUAUUUCUAUUGUCGAUAUUUGUUGUAGGGAUACAUGCACGCUGUAUAUCGGGUCUCUGCCGGUUUUAGUGUUCUUUGGAUUGAUUUUUACUUAACGUGCUUUUUUUCCCCUCGCGCUCAUAUCAUUGGGGCGUCUGAAAGUACGUGCGCAUAAGUACGCACACAUACACAUGUACACAUAUAUACACAUACAUGCAUACAUUACAUACAGGUACUUAUGUAUAGACAAAUUCGCGCGCGAGACUAAUCAAACUUUUCUGCUCGGAAUUUAUCGCACCUCUCUCUUCUUUUAAUUACUUUUUAAUCCAUAUAUAUAUUAUUCAGUGCGUUUUAAAUUUCAACAAUUUCUUUCCACGAUUUCGCUUCACUGUCCCCUUCGCCCAUUCGUAGCCCGUGUACGCGAUAACCUGACGAUCCGGGAAAGUCGACAAAGGAAAAGGGUGAAAGAGAUUUCGAUCUCGCGUAAUAGAAGUCUCUAUCCAAUAAGGAUAAUCAGAUUAGGUCCCCACUUACGUACCGCGGACUUAAUUGAAUUCUCCUGCGAAUUAAUAGUUACGCUUGAUGAUGAUGCCGGAAAGAGGAGAGGGGGAAUCGGUGAAUCGAAUCUUUCCUUUUAUUUUUUUUUUCUCUGAUUACCGAAGAGCUGGGAACUGAGUAUAACGAUUUUCAUUACGAGGGAUGGUGAAUUUAUUAUUAUUACACGAAAAGUGACCUAUAUAGAUUUUUUAUUCGCUAUUUCUGAUGUAUCACGUUACUGGAUCAUAUAUGCAUCAUACCUUCUGUUGCGUCCAAUCACCAAAGACUCGUACGCAAUUAUUUUUUCAUUCUUAUAUUUACGUCAGUUCAAUAUUUUUUACAUCGCGUUAUCCGUUUUUUUAAUACUGUAAAGCGUCGUAUAAUUUUAAUUGCCUUUGCAUAUCCAUAUUAUGUAUAUAAAUAUAUGUAAAAGAAUGGAAUUUAUAUUUCCAUCCUCUCUCGAGUAGAUCAAUAGGUACGUUUGCGCAGCAGGUGAAUAUUUUAAGUUUCGUAUAUCGGCAAUCGAUGACGAGGUAAAAACUUUCUUUUUCCAUUCAAUUAAAUCCCGUCUCGGAAUAUUGGACCACGCGCGACUUUUAUCCGGAUAACUUUUAGGAUUAAAUCGAAUAAUUAGAAAAACAAGAGAAAAAUCUCGUUUGUACUUCCAGAAUUUUUCUUUCUCUCAACUCGUAAAGAGACCCACCUCCGCGUUUACAUUCGUUUUAAGAAUAAUCGACUCGGCGAGGAUGAAUUGUCCAAGCGAUUAUCGUCACGUCAAAUCUCGAUGAUCGUUUUGGAGGACGGUCUCGAGAAACGGGACGAUUUUAAAUUGCCUUUUUACAAUCGAUAAGUUUUACGAGGGGUAAACUAUAAAGGUGAAAUCGUUAUAAAAUCGUUUUUUAUUUUACUGUGGAUAUACUUCUGUGGAUAAGCUGUAGUGUUAUGUAAAUGUAACGUUACCUUUCUCUCAUCUAAAGCCAUGACAUCGCGAUGCACAAGCGUGCACAAAUGACUUGAGGCGAAGCGGAAUGAUCUUUAACGGAAGAAUUUCAUAUAUAUUUAUAUAUAUGCUAGAAAAUAUAUAUAUAUAUUUUCGUUACGUCUACCGAAUGUGCGAGUUCCAGUGUGUGUCGUCCUCCAUAUAUAUUAUAAUCGCGGGGAUGUUAUCUGAUAUAUGGUAUGUUAAGAGAAUCUUUUUUAUGCAUCCGUUUGUUAUUUCGUUGAAAUGUUCUGCGACGCAUGCGGUUGACUUAAAAAUUGAUUUCACUCCAUUUUGGACUAGUCCGUUGUUACGACAGUGAGAUAUUUCGGAUUAUUGAUUUAUCUCUCAUCUGUCAAUAUGUGGGUAAUAAUCUAUAUUCUUCGACAAUUUUAAUGGGAAGGGGGGGGGGGAUAAAAGUCGCACAACGGUUAUAAUAAUAGAUAUUAUAAAUCGAAUUACUCUUCGGCGACAGAACUGGGUUAGUAGACGUAAGGUAAAAAGUGAACUAAUUAUCGUUGUACGUGUAAAGUAUCAUCUAUACAAACGCAUACGCUUCUCUUACUGUGGAAGGUGCUUCGGACGACUCGCUAGCACGAGGCUAGUGCGAGAGAACCGAGCCGAAUCGCGACGCUGAGAUCGCGAAAGAAGAUUUUCCUCUCGAGACGUCCCUUAUUAUAGACGGAGCGGAAAUCUCGAACGGCCGUUCGAUUAAUAAAAUUGCAAUAAAUCCGUGCCUCUCUCCGCAGAGGACGAUCGAGGUUUCCACAGCGUGUCUAAUUAAAGGUAUAAUUAAUUAAGAGCCUGAAUCAAAUGUACUCCCCUCCGCGAAUCCCCGUUCGAGAUUCUCGCGACCGCGGCUAUAUAUCUUGUCUAUAUAAGGAUAUAAAGAUAUGUACAUAGAUAAUCAGUUAUAAUAUCGUAAAGCGCGCAACAACUCUUCAUGACAAUAUCGUUCCGCAAAGAAAGUCGCAAUUCCGGAUAUCUCGCAGCUGCUGCAACGACGAUGGGUGAUUCUCGUUUUCCUCUCUCCUACAUGCUUGUCCUCUCUCUUGAUCUGCGCUACUUUUGUCGAGUGUUUCGUCGCACGAAUUACAUCGUAUCGAUGAAGCGGCUCAUUACAAUCGACCCGCGUCGAUCUCUCGGGAAUCGAGGUAGCAGCGAGCGCGUAUCAUCGUCACGAAUCACGGGGAACCGAACGAACGAGAUCGGUGUUGCUGCACUACUUGGCCGAAUUUUUCAAAUACGCUUAUUACAAAUAUAGGUAAAAAAAAAUACGCUCGCUGCUGUGUGUGUACAACACGAGUGUUGUGUGCGUGUGGCUGCGAUGCGUGCGUGUCCGAUUCCCGUUCACCGACGCGAGAAACCGCGCCGAUUCCCCUCCUCGGCGAGAUGAGGAUAUUUUCGCGCUCUGAAUCUCGCUCCUACGAUCGUUAGUUCUGCAGUCGUGCAGGUUUCUUAGCAAAAAAAUAAUUUAAAAAAUCAAAAUCAGAUAAGAGAGAGACAGUCGGAGAGAAAUAUACUUUUCGGUAAUCAUUAAAAUAUUCGCGAUAUUAAUGCUCUUCCCGUUUGUAUCUUGGCGUAAAUCUAAGAAAUGACAAUAAGCAGGACGUCUGUCAAUCUCUCCCGGAUUAUGGAUAUCUUGAAUAUUUUAUAUCGGAAAAUAUAUAUUUUUUUCUUGUUUAAUAAAGAAAUAUAUAUUUUUCUUGUAUAUACCUUGUGUUUAUAAAAGAUUCAUUUUAUUUCAAUGUGCUUAUUAAAAUAUUUUUUAUUAAUACAUUUAUUAAUAUAUUAAUCAUUAGUUAUACAUAUACAUAUACGAUAUCAAAAUUAUUUAGAGGCACAGCGGCGAGACAUUGGACAUCCUGCUUGUUAUAUUUAAAUAUGUAUGUGUAGCACAGUGUACCCAGGAAGGUGUAUGCUAGCGGCAGUACUCUAAUCUUAUAUGAACGAGUCUUUCUUAGCGGAAAUUUCAUCGAGCGCAUUAUUAUAAUUAUUUGUUUAUAAUCGUUUGUAGAUUGUUUAAUGUCGGAUGCUUUGGCACGAUUAGAUCUCGUAUUUUAAUUUCCGCUAAGAAAAAAUACGACUCGCUCGUAAAAUAAAAUAUACGCACUCCUUUCAAAAUAAUAUGUAUACAUACCAUUUAUUUUUCUUCGAGUGUGUAUGCGUGAGAGAGAUAUGUAUCCUAUCGUGAAUAAUACAUAUAAAAAGAUAUAAAUAUAUACAUAUAUAAAUAUAUAUAUAUAUAUAUAUAUAUACAUACAAAAUAUAUGUGUGCGUGUGUAUGUGCGUGUGUUGCAUAUAUGUGUGCGUCUCGUAAGCAUCUGCAGAAAUGAUCGACGGACAUUUCUCGCACGACGACACGCUCAGUCGAAGAACGACACGAAUGACGUGCACGAUGGAGAUUACAGACUUUUACUUAUACAGCUACGGAACAAUUUCAAGAGAGAUACACAUGGAAUGCAAAACGUGUAAGAUGAAAUAGAGAGAGAAAGAGAGAGCGAGCGGACUACGUCUUUUGGAUCCGUGUUAUAAUUGAAAUAAAUUUUUUUUCUCUCCUC